AUGGAAGGUAGAGGAGCUUCUGAAGAAGACCCCGUCGCUUCCGUGAUGGAAGAAACAGAAACUUCUGCCGGAGAAGCGACUUCUGGAAUUCCAGAGGAAAAGGAAUUAGUUCCUUCGGCAGCGACUGAAACAGCAAUACUAACAAGUGAAGAAGCUGAACCCCCCACGCCACCUGAAGCGCCCGAAACAUCACCGGCUCCAGCUCCAGCUCCAGGUCCAGCUGCAACAACAUCGCCAGCUCUCGCACCUUCUACAGCAUCGACUGCUGCGAAAGGUGCUGCGGCGUCAAAGACAUCCAAUUCACUAGAUGAUGCCAGAAGGGAGCUAGCCAUCUUGGUCAACUCCAAGAAGAUAACCGUAGCUGACUGUAAAGCGCUCAAGGCUAUUCUCAAGGAACAUACUGCAUUGAAAGAAAAAGUUGAUAAACUCAAAUCAUUGCUUGGUCGAUCAGCCAAGGCGCAAAGAGAAACGAAGGUCGACUUUGAAGCUUCGCAGAAACGUUUGUCACAGGCAUUGAGAGAAAUUGAAAGGUUGAACCAACGGCUUGAGAAACUUCAGAAUCGCCCUUCUCAUCUUGAUUUGCUUAUGGACUUUGAAUCCAAUUUUGACAAGGCUAUAUUGAGUGUUGGCCAAUCUGGAGGAGAGCAAACCUCCGCUUCCGCACCUCUUGCUCCGCCGGACGAGCAAGAAUCUGCCCUUGAUUCCAUGCUGAUGAAUGAGCUUGGUGAAGCAAAAAAUCGAAUUGAAAAGCUGGAAGAAUUAAAUUCUGCAAUGAUGUCUCGUUCCACCCAAUUGGAGUCGUCCUCUCAAACCCUUCAAGCAGAACGCGAUGUAGCUCUCCAAAAGGUGGACCGACUUCAAAUGGAGCUGAAAAUGGCAAAAAUGGAGGCCGAACACGCAUCUCGAGCCAUGCAAGACAAAGCAGCAUCAUUGGAAGAAAUGCAAAUGGAAAUUGAUCUAGUUUUGAAAGCCAAUGCAAAGGCCAAUUCUCGAGCUGCAGCAGGUGAAGAAGCCUUCAACUCGCAUAAGACGGAUAAACAAAAGGUCCAGCAAUUGGAAGGACAAGUACAAGCUCUGCAAGAGUGGGCACUGGCAAGUGCCGAAUCCAAGAGACUUGUGAACGAGAGAUGCCAGAUUCUCGAGAAUAAGCUUCGUCAAUUUCAGGGACGAGACUCAGCUGUCGACGAGAAUCUCUUGUUCAAAAAGAAUGGAUCCAUGGUCAUUGGGGCAGGAGAGAUUGGAAAUUUUGUUAUUGAGUUGGGUGAGCAUGCUAUGAAAGUGGAUGCUCGUUUUGUCGUUCUGCGCUGGAAGUUUGACUGCUCGCCUUCAGACCACAAUAUUCACUUCAGUAUUGCGAAGGGAAAAUGCGAAACAAAAGCAGAAUACAAAAAUGCAUCGUACUUGGUCAAGGAUCGAAUCAUUACCGGUGGAGCAGGUGGCGAGACGGAACUUGCCUUCACGACUGACCACGCAUGCACGGUUAUUUGGUCGAAUGAAAAGUCAUGGAUCAGACCAAGAACAGUGCAGUACACUGCCGAAAUUGUAUCUCUAAAGUAA